CGACAUAUUCCGAAGCUAUUGUGUAUUCGCCAAAUAGUCAAACUCUUUAUUUUUCUUGUUCCUUAAAUGGCGCCUGCAUCGUCCUUCAAACAUUUAUAGUAUGUUUAAUUAGCAUGAAAAUGAGGUUUAAGGGUAAAUAGGGAGUUAUUUUGGUCAUUUUCAUGAACCUAUCGCGCGCUGCAUAGUGCAACUGUGACGUCACAAGUUGGAGCAUCAACAACGAAGGGAAGAGAAAAAGUGACCAUUUUUGUAUGUUGAUUACGACGCCAUUUUGAGGGAAAAAUCUUAUCGGUUUGACAGACGAGUUAAUUGAACACCAAUCUUGCUGUAGACGCGCGAUCACGACUAUGUAGUGUUGCCUGUCACCCACCCGUUGUCUGCAGAGAUGUUGGUGUGAGUGGUUUCAAGGCAGACAUCACGUCAUAGCCUUCUUUUUAGUCACAGAAUGGACAAUGUGAAUAUCGGCAGUCUGGAUCCACGAAAGCAUGAGUUACUGGAAGCACGCUUCUACGGAAGGUUUCAGCCAUUGAAUCAGCCAGGUGGGGGAAUGCAGGCAGGAGUGAUCGGCGGAAUGCCAGCCAUGCCGGUUCCUACGGGGGACAACAACAGUAACAUGAGUGCCGGCUCUAUUGAACGUGAUGAUCAGGACCAAGUCCAUACGCCAGAGAAGCGAACCCCAUCAGAGAGGAAACGGAAGAGAAAACCGACCAAUAGUGACAGCAACCAUGAUGGAUCUCUUCCAAAAUCAAGACCUGAACCAAAUGGCAAAAAUAUCAAGGACUUCUUUACAAAGACACAGUCCCCUAGUCGCAGUCAAUGUGUAUCGCAGGUCGGAGCCAAGUCCCCAUCACCACAAGGUGUUCAGCCGUACAGCUAUAUGGCCUCCUCGCCACAGAGCAGUAACUCCAACAGUCUUCACAGCUACCCCGCCCAGUUCCUACAACAACAGAUACCCAGCUUUGUUGACAAAGGCCUUCAGACGGAUGAGCUUGGGUCACCAAUAGACAUGGCUGAGAAAGACCAGCGCAUCGAAGAGCUCAACAGGCAAAACGAGGAAUUACGGCGCCAGUUGACGGCACAACAAAAGUUAAUAGAAAAACAUAAAGAAAAUCUUCAGAAAUGUCUCACAGUCAACAAAACACUGCUUAUAGAAAAGAGCUGCCUCGAAAAGAAAACAACGCGACAAAAAAGUAUGGAGAACCGGUUACGACUGGGUCAGUUUGUCACGCAGCGACAGGGCGCCACAUUUGUAGAAAAUUGGGUGGACGGAUGGGCUUUCACAGACUUAAUGAAGCAACAGGAGCGGAUAGCUCAAGAGAGAGAGGACAUAGAAAAACAGCGCAAAAUGUUGUUGAAGAGGAAACCUACGUCCACCAUGACCAAAAAGGAUGGAUUCCUGAAGCCGGGUACAACGGAAAAAAUGUUUACAUUAUCCGAGUUUUACGAGCGAGAUGACAUCAUGAAGCUGCGCCAAGCAGCUUUAAAGAAAGAGGACGUAGAUUUGCAGCUUGAGCUUGAGAAACUUGAGCGAGAGCGAAAUCUACACAUACGAGAGCUUAAACGCAUUCACAAUGAGGAUAAUUCCAGGUUUAAAGACCACCAAAUUCUCAAUGACAGAUAUUUAUUGUUAAACCUCAUAGGGAAAGGUGGCUUCAGUGAAGUCCAUAAGGGGUUUGAUCUGAAGGAACAGCGGUAUGUGGCGUGUAAAAUCCACCAGCUGAACCGGGAAUGGAAGGAUGAUAAAAAAGCCAACUAUAUCAAGCAUGCAUUACGAGAGUACAAAAUUCACAAGAGUCUCGACCAUCCACGGAUAGUGAGGUUGUACGAUGUGUUUGAAAUAGAUAACAACUCGUUUUGCACAGUGCUGGAAUAUUGUGAAGGGAACGACUUAGAUUUCUAUUUGAAGCAAAACAAAUGCAUCCCGGAGAAAGAGGCGCGCUCGAUCGUUUGUCAGACGGUCAGCGCCCUGAAAUAUCUCAAUGAGAUCAAGCCCCCUGUGAUUCACUAUGACCUGAAGCCCGGCAAUAUAUUGUUAGGUCACCCGGGACAGAACGGUGGAAAGUUCACCUUUGCAUUUCCUGGGGCCACUUCUGUAAGUGGGGAAAUCAAGAUUACAGACUUUGGGUUGAGUAAGAUCAUGGAUGAUGAUAACACGAAUCACGAUGGCAUGGAUCUCACCUCACAAGGUGCUGGAACAUACUGGUACUUGCCGCCUGAGUGUUUCAUGGUGGGUAAGAAUCCGCCCAAAAUCUCUUCCAAAGUGGACGUCUGGUCAGUCGGUGUGAUAUUCUACCAAUGUCUUUAUGGAAAAAAGCCGUUUGGCCACAAUCUGUCGCAGGCGGCAAUACUUGAGGAGAAUACGAUCUUGAACGCCAAGGAAGUGGAGUUUCCCUCGAAGCCACCUGUUACCCCCGAGGCUAAGACAUUUAUCCGAAAGUGUUUACAGUACAAGAAGGAAAUGCGACCUGAUGUUCUACAGUUGUCGCAGGAUAACUAUUUGAUGCCUGCCGCCAUGAAGUCAAAAGGCGGACACACAAACACAGAGUACAGUAUGACUGGUAUCAACCACUCUGCGUCAAUCACAACUUUUAACCCUGGAAUGUCAAGUUCUGGGUCAUCCAGCUUCACUUUUGGCGAAAAAACUUCGUAGUAUUACCCCACCCAUUGAGUUAGGACUGCCCGUCUGCUUCUCAUCUAGGCACAGCUGAUUGGUUGGAGAGGGUCAUGUGACUUAUGUGAUUGGAUAAAGAAGUCAUGUGACCAUGAUCUUUCAGUGAAUGGCUUCAGAAGGUCAUGUGACCAUGAAGUGUUCUGUUAGCAAAAUGAUUGGCUGGAGAAUGUCAUGUGACUAAUGUGAUUAGCUACAUGAAUUAAUGUGAUCAUUCAAUCUCCAGCUAAUAAGUCAUUGGCUGGAAAAUACUUGUUUCCAUCUGCCAGUGAUUGACCAGAACAUGUCAUGUGACCAUCCAGUCUAACACAGCAGCGUUUCGGGUGAAAUACAAUUUGUGAAACGCAUUAUGCCAGUAUUCAACUAUCACACAUCCAUUCCGGAUUGCUUGGAGAAGUUUGAGACACUUAUAAUAUUCCUUUGUGUGAAGUUGGGACACAUUAUAUGCUGGUCACAAUGGUAGUGGUGGCAUUAUGGGAGUUGGAUGCGUACAAAGUUGACAUGGAAGACUUGUGCUUUAUCUUCUUGCUAAUUAGACUGUUUUUCCUUUGAAUCUACUUUCAUACGUAUUAAUGAUGUGCUACUAAAAAAGAAUAUCUUUAGGGGGGUAUUAUAUUUAUUAUUAUAUUAUACCCAAUUAUGGGUCAGUCAAUUUUUUGUUUAAAUGAUAAUAUGAUUAAUCAUUCAUUCAUUUUGUUGUUUAGUUUAGGCACUGAAUAAUAAUAAACUUGUUUUUCUUUUUCUGUUCUCUCCCCCAUAGAGUAUUCCUCAUCAUGAAAUGUUAAUUUAUUGUGAUGUUGAUCAUAAAAUUUAAUUUACCAGUUCCACAUUUAUAAUGUUAAAAUUAUGAAAGAUAAAAGUGUGAAGUGUCUGUGUGCAGUGCUUGGAAAGUUCAGCAUUUUUGGGGUUCAAUUUUAAAUAGAUAAAAAAAACAGAUGCUUAGUUUUAUAAUAGAUGAAAAGAUAAAAAAAGUAUUUUUCCCUGUGGUCAAAAUUAGCACAAGUCUGUGCUUUUUCAAGCUUGUUGAGAAAAUUGAUGGCAAUCACUAGUAUAAGGAUUUUUAAUCCAAUGUAAUAAUAAUAAUAAUGUCUUAUUUCAAUGACUGAGUGCCACUAGUUCGAAUUGAUAGGUGAUUUUUCAGCCAGGAGUGCUAACGUAUUUUUUUUAUACCUUAAAUAUGAUGAACUUUUCUUUAUUUAAUACCGGUUACUCAAAGGUAUUUACGAAAUACAUGAACAUGGAAAGGUCUUAAAAAAUUCAAGAAAUGAAAGAAAUUAGGCUAUUGCUGUUUGCAUGGUCAAGAAUAACUCAUUGUUGACAAACACAAUUUGGCCACCUUACUGUAGUGAAAUAAAUCAUUGCCACUCAAAAUAAUCCAUACUGUAAUGAUUGUUAUAGUCAUGCUAACUUUGUGAUAAAACAAUGAAAUUUAAUUUUGGGGUUAAAGGUUUGGAUAUAUCCAUGAUUAUUUGUGUCCAAUAUUGUGUAUCGCCAAGGUUGUUACUUCUUAAUUAAUGUUAUAGAGGCUUCCGUGUUAUGCUGCAUACAUGGUGAUACGGCUGAUAGAGUCAUUGUCUGUAGAUCAUAUUCAGAUGUAAAUAUUCAGUUCUUGUAUGAGAAGAGAAAAAAAUCUCAUUUAAGAAAAUUAGGAAAAGAUAACAUGCAUUUUGAAAAUGAUCUGGUGGAUUAAUAUAAAAAUGGGUUGAAGUAAAAAAAAAAAAAUAUCACAAAAUUUCAGAUAUUUGUCAGUUGCGCUGCAUACCUUUAUCUGACCGACUCAUAUUUGGUGCAGAAUGCCUUUAAGUUAAAUUAAGGAAUAUAAUAAAGAUGUACAUUUUUUAAAGUGGCGUUUGGUGUUGUUUCUAGUUAUUUGAUGUUUUGUCCUGAGUUACAAAGUCUAGUAGAACUUUGAAAAUAAAUACAUCUGUGAUCUAUGUACGUUGUGUUGACAUUGCUAGAUGUUAUUAUUGAAAGUAUAUGAGCAUUAUGGGUAAUGCAAAAAUAUCAGAUAAAAUGAUAAAGUAAAAUGUUAUAUAGAAUUUUGCAUUGAGCUCUUACACAGAUUCCUUAAUUACAGCGAGAUUUGAAAAAGUGAAUAUGUUGUGUCAAAAUUAUAUGAAUGGUGUUUGCCAUGUUAACUAGGGAGUAUCUGUGUAGUGUACAUGUAUGAUUUCUGUGUUGUGUAAUGUUUUUGUUAAUGUUAUCCAAGUGUAUUAUAAAGACUUUAUGCAACAUAGUCCCUGUGAAAUGUGAAAUUAGAGUGCUUGUGAUGUUGCAAAUAGUACAUUAAGGUGACAGGCUCCUAAUGGGGUCAAAUAUUGCAUUAAGGGAGAAGGCACCUAAUAGGGCAUACACUACAUUAAGGUAGCAGGCUCCUUAAAGUGGCAAUUAAUGAAUUGAGGUUGCAAGCUCCUAAUCGGGGUGAAUAACACAUUAAUAUAGCGACUCCUAUGAGGCAUAUUAUAAUUUUAGGUAACAGUCUCUUUAUUGGGGCUUGAUAUUUUGUGCCAAGAUUCUGAAAGAUGCAUGUCUGUUUGGACUUUUUUUUAACUGAAUAUUCUUUAUUUAGUCAAUAAGUUGAGAUUUAACUGGAUUUUUUUUUUAAUUUGUGUUUUUCAGUGUUAACUUUUUUCAUAUGAUUAAGUAUACAGGUAGAUUGAUCUUUCUAUGGUAAAGCUUUGUAGAAUUAAAGGUGAACAAUGGCAGCCAUGCUUCUACAUGUAGAUACUUGAGCAGAUUAUCUGCUGUUCAUUAAGUAUUUCCAACAUUUGUGCUAAUCUUUCCUCUGUGAUAAAUGCCUUUAGUUUGUUAUAGAAUAAAGCAAUGGUUAAUGUCAUAAAGUGAUAGUUCCAUUCAGUGUAUAGCUGGUCUAGGCACGUAUUCGUAAAACAAAGUCAUUUCCUAACAAUAUUAUUUAUCUUUUAAAUUAGAUAAUCUCUUACCAUACGAUAUACUAACUAAAUAAUAUAGUUUUGAUUGAAACUACACACUUAUGUGUUGAAAACACUGUAACUUUUCUUUAAACUUGGUAAUGAAAAUUUUAGGAAAUUGACUUAGAUAAUGAAUGACUGACGAUGUUUUAUGAAUACCUGCCCUUGCUUUUUAUUUUGUCAUAGCCUUUGUGUUGGCAGAUGAACGCUGACGGUGUGCAGACUUGAUCUUCGCAUAAAAAUCAAACACCUGGAGAUAUUUGCAAGAAACGUAGUACAAAUGUUACAAGUGACAAAAUGCAGGUGUGAAGCAUGUCCUGUAACUCGAGACUUUAUUAAGUUAUGCCCCUUGAAUUGACUUCAGCGAAACAGGGAGAUGUUGUCAUCCUUUUGCACUGCUCCGUCAAUUCGUUCGUUUAGCUAGGGUUACCUUAUACCAGAUCUAUUUACCAUGGGCUAGUGAAAAAUGUAAUUCCAGAUUGAGGGAUGCUUAUAUUUUGGCUAUAAAAUUGCCAUGGUUUGUGUCAAGUUAAGAAAUUGACCGUUAAAAUUACAAACCUAUUGCUUUCUUAUGUGAAAUACUCCGUAACUUUUGUAUAACUUAAAUGUAAGGGACUAGUUCUAUUAAAUGUAGUUUAUGUUAAAAUAAUCACAAGUUCUAAAAGGCUGUCAGGUAUAAAGAGUUAUUUUCAGGUUUUUUGGGGGGUUUUUUAAGUAAGGGCUCAUAAAAAAAAAGACUAGCGCACAUCACCUAGGUGUUUCUCUUGUUCUUAACAUUUUUCAGACCUAAUCAUGCUCGAAAGUAAGUUACCUAUUUAAGUAGUGUCAGUGUGACGGUAUGAAUGAGGCCAAUCUUAAUCAUGUUGUCUAGUCAUUAUAAGAUGUAGUAGCAUCACUCUUGAUUAAUGUCUAUUUCUUGAGAUUACGUAAACAGUCAAAUUCAUUAAGUUCUGAAAUUGACCAAAUGGGCUGCAUCGCACAUGUUAGGGCCUUCGGACAUUUUCUUAUUAAGUGAAACAAUUAUUAAUACAAAAAUGCCCCAAAUAAUAUAUUUUUCAGUUUUGAUAUCUUCUAAACCUUUUGCUUUAAAAGGAUUGUCAUUGAUGUUAUCAUUUUUUUAUUCACCAUUUAUGGCAAUUACUUGACCAAUAGUUCUAUAAAAACCAUGGCUUUUGUCCAGAUUAAUUUUGACUGAAAUCAUAGUGUAAGCUUCAAAUGGCCCAAUGUUUAAGAAAUACUACAAUGACUCCUAACACUUUGAUUUAUAUUCCAUGAUAAAAAUUCUGUGUGGUCAGAUAAAAACUAAAAUUAUAAUGUGUGUAAUUUUAAUAAUGUACUUUUGUCAUGACCUGUGUGUGAUUCAUCAAAUUUUGUGUAUGAAAUUCACAGUGCACAGUCUUCCUUGUAAACAAGAGAUAUCAUCAUGAAAUUUUUAGUAUUACUUUCUAAAAUGUCAUUAAUCUGAAACAUCCAUUACAGCAAAUUAUGUCCGAAGGCCCAAAAUCAUGUGAUUCAGCUCAAAUGGUAAUAUUAACAGAAUGGUCAGAAUCGUACCAGCGUAUUUGGAUCAAGUUUUAUAUUGGAGGUAUCUCAUGUACAAUUUGUCACCUAAAUCCAAGAACUUUAUAUAUCUUCUAACUAUUUAUAUAUGCACUGACAGGGUUCCCGCUCCAAGGUGGUGAAUAAUGUGAAUUUAGGAUGCCAAUGUCAUAAUGCCAAAAUUAUAUGGGGCACCAGUCAUCAAAAAUUAACAUAAUAGUUAAUGGCCUAAAUGACAAACUAAUUUGUAAAUUAAACUUCAAUUUCUCGUAACGUUUUAAGUCCCUUAUAAAGGAUUAAGCCAAGCUCACUAUUUUUGUUUCGGUAUUAGUUGUGUACUUUCUGAAGAGUUUAUUGGCUUUUAAAAGAAAUUCUUUUAUGUUUGUCGGUUAAACAAAUUUUUAUUUUUUGGGGGCAAAAUUAAGAUUAAAUACGAAAUUUGGUUAAUGAAAUAAUCGAAAUAAGCUUGUUACGCUGAAGAACUCUCGAGAAACUGUCACGGUUACCUUAGGUGCAAUCUUUAUUAAGGCCAUUCUAAAUCAUGUCAAACUUUGUACUUUACCAAAGUUCGUAUUCACUAGCGUCUUGACCGAGUGUGAGACUGACGCUCAGAAAAUCUAAAUCUAAAUUGUUUCAAAAUAUCUAUAAUAUAACAUUUUUUACAAACGAUGUGUUUGAUGUUAGAACAGGUAAUGUCUAACAGGUACAUCAAUUUUGAGCAUAUUUGCUUCUAUGAUAACAUUUUAACAAAAAAAUGAAGAUUAUUCUUUUCCGAGUCUGGGUCUCAACUCAGACUCAAGACAUAAUUGGAGACAGGUCCUGCUGAUCAAGAAAUCCACGAGUAUGUAUUUGUAAGAAAUUAUGUGUAAAUAAACUAGUAUUUAAAAUUUAAAAAAAUUAAAUAACCGGUGUAGCGAAAAAAUAGUUCCAAAAAAUAAAGAUAGUAGGGUAAUAUUUGUGUUAAAAAAGCCUUAGAAUUAAAGUUUGAGUAAUACAGCUUAGCAGUGUGUUUUAUACAAAGAAAAUGUUGGAUUAGAUGCUUAGUUGCUCGUUGUUGACUCCUCUAAUUUUCACAUGUAUCAUAUAAUUUCAAACAAAAAAGUAUUUCAUCAAAUUUCAUAAGUUAAUGAUAUUAUUUUACUAUUUUGUUCAUUGUUGACUAAUAAAAGAAAUAUAUGCCGUUUUAGAAAUUGUACAAAUGUGAUUUCAGGUGAAUAUGAUUGAUCAAAUGUUAUUAUGUGUGUGAAUAUGCAAAUACGAAUGAAGAAAAAAAUAUAUGAUUGCAAGAAAUUGUGUUUCAGUUGUGUAAAUAAUGUAUUUUGUGAUUAUGAAUUUUUCUUUGAUAUUUGCUACAUGCACGAUAAUGGAUAUAUAUUAUAUACACAUGUAUACAUUAGUGUAUUGAUUGGUCCAUUUGUUCUAUUUCUGUAAGAUGUUUUACGGUACACAGUUUUAGUUAUUUUUAAUGUUGAAAUCAUGUGUACUAUUUUAUUGUUAAACUAUGUGCUGCAAGCAAACAGACUUUUACUGUAUUUUGACACUUGUACUGUUUUUCUUUUCUAAAAACUAUUUAAAGCUGCACUCUCACAGAUGACCUGUUUUGACAACUUUUUUAUUUUUUGUCUUGGAACAAGCCAAUUUUUACGCGAAAAUGCAUGGAAACCAGUCAUAUAAGACUGCUGAUAAAAAAUUAGAUAGCAGAUUUUUUUUUUUUAGAUUAAAAAAAUGAUGUUUUAUGCAUUAUUCUUAAACCGUUAGUAACGCUUUCAGACAUUAAACAUUUAUUUUUAAACGGAUAUAUUAAUAUCUGCGAUCUUUUGUCAGCACUGGUUUGUUGAUAUUUACACAAAAAUUUGCUCAUUCUAAGAUAAAAAAAAUAUAUGAAAAAUUGUAAAAAAGGUAUAUCUGUGCAAGUGCAGCUUUAAAAGUCUUGAACAGAAGACUAUGGUUUUCUAACCUUUUUGCUUACCUUUUUGAUCUAAAGUACUCUGAUGUUUCUAUGUUAUUGACAGAGUAUAGCAUCUUACUAGAUAAUGCUCGGUUCUUUUGAAUUAAAAGAAUUCAAACUAAAAAUCAUAGUAUUUUAGUAACAUCUAGCAAAAUACAUUUAAGAAAAGUUACAAAUUAUUUUAACAUUAACGUUGGAAAUAAAAUUAAAAAAAGUCAAUAAUAGAUGUUUAAAGAUUUUUUAAAAUUCUUAUUGAUUAUCUUAGUUUUAUAUAAAUGUACAUUGGAAUAAAGAACAAAUCAACAAUAUAUGUUCUUGGAUUUUCUAAAUCCUUGAAUAUUCAAGUCAAAUUUUUGUUUUCGAAAAGAGCAGUUUACAAGUCUAUUGUUUUAAUGAUCUAUUGGAAAAAGGAUAAGCUGAACAUUUAUCCGUAUUUCUGAUAUAUCCGAAAUUCUGUCAUCCUUUUCUAGAAGUAUUCUCCUCUGAAAUCUUGUUUUACAAACACUUUUACCUUGUACUUCUCCCUCUCUGCUGUGUCGGGACUUGUGUCUUGACGUUAAUGUAUUUAAAUGCAAGUGUCAAAACACUGAAAUAAAUGGAAAUAUUUUUA